AUGGCGUCGGCCACACGCGCGCUCCUCUCUAGGCUCUCGCCCCUCCCCGCCGCCGCCUCCCGCUUCCUCUUCCUGCUCGCGGCCGCGGGGAGUGUCCUCCCGGCCGUUCUGGUCCCGUCCCCGGCCCUGGCGCCCGGGGCGGCGACCAGGAGAUUCGCGAUGCAACCUGCUAAUCCGUCCCCGAACCGCAGCAUCUGCUCCCCCGCGGAAAUCAGGACCCCCCUCGACGACGGGUGCGACUUCGAGCACUGGCAGAUCCAGAUGGUGGCGCCCCCAGGCGACAAGGCCAACCCUGACGUACCCCACGACGAGAUCAUCGCUGGCUACAUCAAGACCCUCGCUCAGGUCAUCGGAAGUGAAGACGAAGCUAGGAUGAAGAUCUACUCUGUGUCAACUCGACAUUAUUUUGCUUUUGGAGCUCUAGUAUCCGAGGAAAUCACCCAAAAACUCAAUGAGUUGCCUAAUGUCCGCUGGAUUCUUCCUGAUUCAUACCCUGAUGUCAAAAAAAGGAGAUCUGGGUGUAUGUCUUUUUGUAUUUCAGGUGAACCAUUUAUAGAUGGAAAAGUUGUUCCUUACGACCCCAAAUAUCAUGAGGAGUGGGUGAGAAACAAUGACAUUAUGAAUCGACAUGGAUCAUGGGCGGCCAGGGAGGCACUACCAAUAGAGAACACUCCUAGAAGAGCUUCCUCGUACGCAGGAAGUUAUGCAUAUAUUGUCUAUACCUACUGGUCUCCUCAGACGUAG